GCAUAUAGUGAACUUUAAAAAUAAAUUUCUCGUAUUUCUUUGGAAUAAAACAAACCAAAAAUUAGAAAUAUUUUUUGGCACUAUCAUUCAUUUACGAAAAGUUAUUAAAGCAAAAGAAUCGUUAAAAAAGCUAAACCUCGGAAAAAGCUUUAUGUUUGCGGCUAAUGAACCAAAAGGUUUGAUUGCGAUUUACGACAAUGAUAAAGGGGUGCUUAAUUCAUACAGUCUUGAUGAAGAACAAUCAAAUAUAUACCUAAUUUAUAGAAAUAUUCAAAUUCAAAGAUGGUAUAAUGAUGAAAUACCAAAGAUCGCUCAUUUCUUUUUUAUAAAAAAUACAGAAAAUAUUUGUUUUGUAGAAACAAAUAGUCAAGCUCGUAUAUAUAAUUUUGUGAACGAUUGUUUUCAACCAGGAGUUGCGCAAUUUCCAAAUAAUAUAUGCAAAGUAAUGAGUACACCUGAUGGCACAAAAUUCACGCAAGAUAUUUCUAUUGGAGAUUUUAUAGUUAUCAACAAUGAACAAAGACAAGUUAUUGAGAUUAAAUCCGAUAUUGAAUUAAAGAUUUCGGCUGAAUUAUUUAAAACCAUUGAAUAUAAUAAAGUAUAUUCUUUUACAAUUGAGCAAAGGAAAAUACUUAAUGUAAUAGAUUCAGAGAAUUUAGAUUUGGAUGAAUACAAGAUAAAGUUUCGCAAAUAUAUUUCUGGUACUUUUGAAAAACUUAAAAAAGAAACCAAUAAACCAAUUGGACAUCUGAAGAAAUUUAAAACAAAUUGUGCAUCUUUUAAAAAUCUUGAUCUUACAAAUAUGUAUACAGAAUAUAAGCUUGGAGAGUGGCUUAUAGAUUUCUUCUGCUUGAUUCCUCUUCAAAUUGCUGUUACUAGAGAUAAUAAAUUUAUUCCACUUAAAGAUGGAAUUUUAUUACCCGAAAUUGAUCAAAUGACAUUAGAUGAAAAUUUUGGAAUCAUUGAAAGUGUGUCAGAUAGCAUUUCAUUUGGAUGGUAUGAAGCAAUAUUUGAUUAUUAUUCUACACUUAAAGUAAAAGUAAUUUCAUCAAUGGGAGAGCAAUCAUGUGGCAAGAGUUAUUUACUGAACCACUGCAUUGGAUCAACUUUUGACGGAUCUGCUAUGCGCUGCACUGAAGGUGUAUGGAUGUCAUUAGUUAAAACAAAUGACACACUUUAUGUUGCUCUUGACUUUGAGGGACUUGCGAGCAUUGAAAGAACCGCGCAAGAAGAGACUUUCUUACAACUUCUUAAUGCAGCACUAUCAAACCUUGUUCUAUUUAAAAGUCAGUUUGCAAUUAGUCGAGACAUUUCAUCAAUGUUUCAACGUUUUCAUGAUGGAAUAAAUUAUUUCGGUGAUGAUCCUGAUAUAUUUCAGGCUUGUUUUUGUAUUAUUAUAAAAGAUGUUGCAAUAAGUGACAGAGAUGAUAUUGUUAUAGAAUUUCAAUCAAAGCUUUCAAAGAUUGUUGAUACACCAGUGUUUACUGAAUCGGCAUUUUACACAAGCAUUAGGCAAUUGAAAGUUAAAUUGGAUGAACAAGAAUCAAAAUAUAAAAAUGCUAGAAUGUUUUUAGAAAAGAUCAAGAUUUUAAUGACUAAAUUAAAAAUGCAGAAUUGGGGAAGCAUACAAGAAACAAUGAUUGUUAAGCGAGCAUCAGAAUUGAAAAGGUUUUUGAGCAAUGCGAUAGCAUUUGGAUAUGAACAAAAGGAAGAUGAUCCAUUUUCUAUAUUCGAAGAUUCGAAUCAUCAAGAUAUCAGACGUCUUACGAACCGAGAUAACGGAAAAUUAAUUCCUGAUGAUGAAUUCUCGCUUUCUGAAAUCUUUAAAAAUACUGACAACUCGAUUAAAUUGAUACCGGAUACGGGACUUGUGUUAUUUAAAGAUAAGGGUGACUUUACCAAGAUUUCAUCUGAUUUAAGAACAUUUUUUGAGAAAAAUGUUCAUACGCGUGGUUCAAUUCCUGAUUCUGAAUGGCUUGACCAUUUGGAUAAAUUUUUUAAACUCUUUAUAAACAGACGAAUAAAGCGCGUACGGGAAUGGAUUUUACAAAAUAUCUCGAAUUUUCCAAAAGAUCACACUGAAGUUACCCUCAUAAAUUAUGCUCUUAACCAAGAAAUUAACAAAUUUAAUUCAUUUUGGAAUAUUUGCCGACUUUGUUGUAGUAAAUGUGGUCAGGCAUGUCUUAAAGCCAGUAAACAUGAUUUCGACGGUGAUAAAGAACAUGAUUGCUUAACUGAUCACAAGUGUCAUUCCUUUUGUCAAUGCGUCAGAGAUCAUAAAAAUGGGGUCAUGCCAGAAUGUAUUAAAUCAGCAGCACAUAAAGAUAGACAUAAAUGUGCUCAAACUCAUAGAUGUGAUGCUCCAUGUAUUUAUGCGGAUAAAAUUAAUUGUAAAAAAAUAUGUUCUAAAGAUUACGGUCAUCAAAAAGUCGCUGGGAAUGAAGUUCAUUUAUGUGAAUCCAAACAUUACUGUGGAGCUCCAUGUUCAUUAGAUGCUAAAACUAAAAAUGGCAAAUAUCAAUGUCAAAACACAUGCAUUGCAAAUUGUAGAAAACAUUGUGAAAGCUCGGAUCAUUUGCAUGCUUUAGGAAAAAGUGUUAAUCACAUUUGUGGAUAUUGUCAUUUUCGAUGCGACAAAUGUGGUCUUAGAUGCAAAAAAGCAAACCGACAUGUUGAUAAAGGCCAUGAUUGCUCAACAGAUCAUAAAUGUCAUGCUAAAUGCCAAUUUCCUGAAUCUCAUCGUGAUCAUAGUUUGCCUGAAUGUAAUAUGCUUGCGGCUCAUGAAGGCACACAUCGAUGCUCACAAACACAUUCGUGUGGUGCUACUUGUAUACAUGCUAAUAAAGAAAACUGUCAAAAAAGAUGCGUAAAAGAUGCCAGACAUGUAAAUAAAGUCGGAGAUGAAACACACCUAUGUGAUGUCAAAAAACAUUACUGUGGAGCUCCAUGUUCACUAAACUUUAAAACUCUUGAGAGAGAAUACAGGUGUCAAAACGCUUGUAUUAGAAACAUACGAUUCAUAAGUGCCAAAAUGUGCCCAAUACAAUGUUCUGUUAAAGGCUGUAAUAAACUAUGUGAAAGCUUGAAUCAUUUGCAUGCUUUUGAAAAUGUUAACAAUCAUCUUUGUGGUCUUUGCCAUUUGCAAUGCAAUAAAUGUGGCCAAAUGUGUCGAAAAGUUAACCAACAUAAUGAUACAAGCCACGAUUGUUUAACAGACCACAAAUGCCAUUCUAAAUGCCAAAUUUCUGAAUCACAUACUGACAGAGUUUUUCCAGAAUGUAAUAAACCUGCUGCGCAUAAGGGUAAUCAUCAAUGUGCACAAUUUCAUAAAUGUAAUGCACCUUGCAUUCAUACUGGAAAAGCAAAUUGCCAGAAUAAAUGUGUAGACAUUUUUGGCCAUCAAGCAACAGGAAAUAAACCUCACUUAUGUGGCUCUGAUAAACAUACUUGUGGUGCACCAUGCUCAUUAAAGUUUAACACUCUAAAAGGCGAAUAUAAAUGUCGACAUACGCUUUGUCAUUCUCGAUGUGAUAAAUGUGGUCAACUUUGUCGCAAGGCAGAUCAGCAUGAUGAUUCGAGUCAUGAUUGUUUAACCGAUCAUCUAUGUCAUAAUCUAUGUCAACUUUCUCAUUCAAGUGGAAAUAUUCCUGAAUGUAAUAAAUCCGCUAUUCAUGAAGGAAGGCAUAAAUGUGGACAAUUACAUCCAUGUAAUGCUAUUUGUGUUCAUUCCGAUAAAAGAAAUUGUCAAAGAACAUGCACAAAAAUUUUGGGACAUCAAAAUGAGCAUUUAUGUAUAUCUAAAAAGCAUUAUUGCGUUACUCAAUGUUCAUCAAAUGUCAAAGGAAAAAAUAAAUGUCAAAAAACGUGUACUCUCUCAUACGAAGAUGGACAUACAACGCAUCAAUGCAG